GCGCGGUGUACGACAGAGCGCGAGCGCCAGCGGCACACACUGUAACCGUAGGAGAAGAGCGUACACGGGGCACGAGCCGGACCGUGACCGGGUUAUGGCAUGAAUCUGAGACGUGAAACGCGGUGAGCAGCUGAACCCAUGCACGUCUUGACUCGGGCAGCUCAGAGAUGCGGAGCCAUCGGUGUUCGGCUCACUCGUGUUAUUUGCGUUAUUUGACUGUUUGCUUAACUGGGUGUCCUGGAUCUCUCAGUCACACCCUGUGUGUGUUCAGACCAAGCUGCUACCAUCAGCUCUGUACACAGGGUUAAAUGCUGGACCUGGCUGAGGAAAGCAGCACUGCAAAACCACCGGGAAGCCAAGCAGGAUGUCUUGGGUCAGUGGCUUUUUAGUCACCCGUGCAGAUGAGCACAAGAUGGCAUGGGGCGAGCGGAAUGGCCGUAAGCGGUGGCGUAAGAGGGACUGGCGCCGGCGCUACAUGAGCUGCCUGGCUGACCCUGAAGCCGCCGAAGCGCCACCCCACGCAGGAGCCGGUGCCGGUGCGAGCACCUUCAGCACACGCUGUGUCUGGCAAGAGGACCACUAUGGGAAAAAAGGAGAUCUAGCCAUUGAGGAUGGUGAAUCCAAGAGGAUGAAGGAGGAUGAGGAGGAGGAGAAGGAAGAGGACAGGGAAGUGGGAACGGCCGUUUUAGGGUGCCUGUGGCAGCUUGCGAACGUUUUCCAGUCCAAGCAGUUUGAGUCAGCCAAACUGGAGCGCCUCUACCAGCGCUAUUUCUUCCGGUUGAACCAGAGCUCUCUGACCAUGCUCAUGGGUGUGCUCGUGCUCGUGUGUGGCCUCAUGCUGACGUUUCACUGUGUGCUCAGGACUCAGGAUGUAAAUGUCGCCUAUGUGUCAGUACUUUCUGUAGCAAUGGCACUCUUCCUGGCCAUGAUGGUGGUGUGUAACCGCACCGGCUUCCACCAGGACUGCAUGUGGGUAGUGAGCUACCUAGUGGUGGUGGUCCUGGUGGUCGUUCAGUCGUUCGGCGUCUUCAUGGUGGAACCACGCAGUGCCUCCGAGGGCGUCUGGACUUCCGUGUUCUUUGGCUAUAUCACCUACACGCUGCUGCCCGUGCGCAUGACAGCGGCGGUGCUGUGUGGAGUGGCGCUCUCCUCCAUCCACCUGAUCACGGCCUGGCAAAUCAACCAGGAGGACAACUUCCUCUGGAAACAGUUAUGUGCAAAUGGACUGAUUUUCCUUUGCACCAACAUCAUUGGGAUCUGCACACACUACCCAGCUGAGGUGUCCCAGCGACAAGCCUUUAAAGAGACCAGAGGCUACAUCCAGGCCCGAAUCCACCUGCAGAGAGAGAACCAGCAGCAGGAGCGCCUUCUGCUUUCAGUGCUGCCCCGACAUGUUGCCAUGGAGAUGAAGGAAAAUAUAAAUGCCAAGAAGGAAGAUAUGAUGUUCCACAAGAUCUACAUCCAGAAACAUGACAACGUCAGCAUCCUCUUUGCAGACAUCGAAGGCUUCACAAGUUUGGCAUCACAGUGCACAGCGCAGGAGCUGGUGAUGACACUUAAUGAACUGUUUGCUCGUUUUGACAAAUUAGCCUGGGAGAACCACUGUCUCAGGAUAAAGAUCCUGGGCGAUUGUUACUACUGUGUGUCUGGCUUGCCUGAGCCGAGAGCAGAUCACGCUCACUGCUGCGUAGAGAUGGGAGUGGACAUGAUAGAGGCCAUCUCUUUGGUGAGAGAAAUCACCGGGGUCAACGUGAACAUGCGGGUGGGGAUCCACAGCGGGCGCGUGCACUGCGGGGUUCUGGGACUACGCAAGUGGCAGUUUGAUGUCUGGUCCAAUGACGUCACACUGGCCAACCAGAUGGAGGCUGGAGGCAAAGCAGGACGUAUCCACAUCACUAAAGCUACACUGCAGUAUUUGAAUGGAGACUACGAGGUGGAGCCGGGCUUUGGCGGAGAGAGGAACGCCUACCUCAAAGACAACAAUAUCGAGACCUUCCUGGUGCUCGGCUGCAGCCAGAAAAGGAAAGAAGAAAAAGCUAUGAUGGCUAAGCUGCAGCGUGCCAGAGCCAACUCUUCUGAUGGGUUAAUGCCCCGCUGGGUGCCUGACAGAUCCUUCUCCAGGACCAAAGACUCCAAAGUUUUCAGGCAGAUGGGCAUUGAUGAAGCCUCAAGCAAAGACAACCGAAGUGCUCAGGAGGCCCUGAACCCAGAGGAUGAGGUAGACGAGUUUUUGGGACGUGCCAUCGAUGCUCGCAGCAUCGAUCAGCUACGCAAGGACCACGUCAAAAAGUUCCUGCUCAGGUUUCAGACACCGAUUCUGGAGAAAAAGUACUCUAAGAAGGUGGACGAUCGAUUCGGGGGUUAUGUAGCCUGUACGCUGGUGGUGUUUUGCUUCAUCUGCUUUAUUCAGAUCACCAUUUUCCCACACACAACACUAAUGCUUGGCAUCUUCAUCAGUAUCUUUAUAAUCCUUGCCAACAUCCUCUUCGUAUGUGCCAUCUACUCCUGUAUUAAGCUCUUCCCUGUGGUCUUGCAAUCAGUGUCAAAGAAGAUCGUCGAGUCUCGCACUAACAGCACGUUAGUAGGAAUCUUCACCAUCCUGCUCGUGUACCUCUCAGCGUUUGCCAACAUGUUUACAUGUGAGAAGGAGGAUCUGGUUCAGUGUGUAGCAAAGGACCAGAACAUCUCUGAGAUCAAUGUGACACUGUGUAUUCUGAACAACCUGACCCGAACGGCAGACGACACACUCACACUCUGUGCCAGCCACAAAAUACCGUGUCCUUUCCCUGAGUAUUUCACCUACAGUGUGCUGCUGACUCUGCUGGCCUGCUCUGUCUUCCUGCACAUCAGCAGUAUAGGCAAGCUGGCAUUAAUGCUGCUCAUUCAGCUCAGCUUCCUGCUGCUAGUCGAGUGGCCUCUCGUGGUGCUGUUCGAUAACGCCGACCUGCUGGUGUCCGCCAACGCACUGUCUGGUUUCAAUAAAACAGAGGCUUGCCCUGAGACUUUGAAUAAGGUGCCGCUGAAGAUGAUGACUCCAGUAAUCCUUACCGUAUUUGUGCUGGCGCUGUAUCUGCACGCACAGCAGGUCGAAUCCACCGCACGCCUCGACUUCCUGUGGAAACUGCAGGCUACAGAAGAGAAAGAGGAGAUGGAGGAGCUGCAAGCCUAUAACCGUCGUCUCCUUCAUAACAUCCUGCCGAAAGAUGUGGCUGCCCACUUCCUGGCCCGAGAGCGCCGCAACGACGAGCUUUACUACCAGUCAUGUGAGUGCGUGGCUGUGAUGUUCGCCUCUAUCAGUAACUUUUCAGAGUUCUACACAGAGCUCGAGGCCAAUAACGAGGGCGUGGAGUGCUUGAGACUCCUCAACGAGAUCAUCGCCGACUUUGAUGAGAUCAUCAGUGAGGAUCAGUUCAAGCAGCUCGAGAAGAUCAAAACGAUAGGAAGCACGUACAUGGCAGCGUCAGGCCUGAACGACUCGACAUUCGACAGAGAGGGCCGCUCACACAUCUUGGCACUAGCUGAUUACGCCAUGAGGCUACGAGAGCAGAUGAAGUACAUCAACGAGCACUCGUUCAACAACUUCCAAAUGAAGAUUGGGCUAAACAUAGGGCCUGUGGUAGCUGGAGUGAUCGGAGCUAGAAAGCCGCAGUAUGACAUCUGGGGAAACACGGUCAACGUGGCGAGUCGCAUGGACAGUACAGGAGUACCCGAUCGCAUCCAGGUGACCACUGAUCUGUACCACGUGUUAGCCAGUAAAGGCUACCAGCUGGAGUGCCGCGGCCUCGUCAAAGUCAAGGGGAAAGGGGACAUGACCACUUACUUUCUCAACAGUGGCCCUUCUAGCAGUUAACACUGACCACACGCCUCCAGUUGCACUGAAUUGAACAGAGAUGAAACUCUGAAUGGAACGUCAAGCGCACUUUUUUUGUUUGUUUUUUUUUUGCCAGUUUGGAGUAUAACCACUGAAGGGCUCGCAGCUGAGCCACGUAACGGAGGUGUUGAAUACAUGCACACACUGAGAAUAUGUUCUCAUUCUUAGCUGCUCUCACAGACUGUCUGAUCGAGUGAGCUGUCUAAGAGCCGUGGCCUUAGAUGGAAACGAGAAGGAUUGCAUUGAAAUUUUUUUUUGUUUUUGUUUUUUCAAAAAUCAACCGAUUUUUAAAGAAACACUUUAAUGACGGAAAAAAAUGCACAAAUACACAUAUAUGCAAGGAUGAAGUAAGAAUGCAGAUGACCAAAGAACAAAAAAUGUUUGAUAUAGGAACACUACAUAUGUUUCAUAUGUCUGAACAAUUGCCAGUUGACAGAUUGACUGAUUUUUUUUUUUUUUUUUUUAAUGAUUGUCAACACGACCACACAUUUUGUUCUCUGAUGCAAUUAAGGCUCUUUCUUGCCAUGUACAAUGAAGGCUUCAGACACCAGAGAGAGGGAUAUUUGAACUAACUUUUAUUCAUGGC